UUCAGAAACGAAAGUGUGUGCGAGCAGGAGCACAAAAAAACGACGACGAUGUGCACGUUAGAGAAGCGCGGCAACAUUUUCUUCCUAACCCUUACCGGCGACGAUGAGCACCGCUUAAAUCCCAAACUCAUCGAUCAGAUCCGUUCGGCUCUCCGCCAAGUCCGCGCCGAAUCAACCCGCGGCACCGCACUGGUUACCAAAGGCGAGGGCAGGUUCUUCUCCAACGGCUUCGAUCUGGCUUGGGCUCAGGCCGUUGGCGAAUCCUCCUCCCGCCAACGCCUCGGACACAUGGUCAAUCUCUUUAAACCUCUUAUCGCCGACCUGAUCUCUCUUCCGAUGCCAACCAUAGCCGCCGUGUCCGGCCACGCCGCCGCCGCAGGGCUCAUGCUGGCGCUGAGCCACGACUAUGUGUUGAUGAGGAGAGAUAAAGGAGUGCUCUACAUGAGCGAGCUCGAUAUUGGACUCCCCUUCCCUGAGUACUUCAUGACGUUGAUGAGGUCGAAGAUCUCUUCGCCGAUCGCUCGGCGAAACGUGGUGUUGAAAGCGGCGAAGGUGAAGGCGGACGAGGCGGUGAAGAUGGGGAUGAUCGAUUCGGCGCAUGAUAGCGCGGAGGAGACGGUGGAGGCUGCGAUGCGCCUGGCAGAGCAGUUGAUUGGUAGGAAGUGGGAUGGGGAGAUUUAUGCCGAUAUAAGGAAGGCUUCGUUUCCGGAGUUGUGUGAGGUGUUAGGGUUGAUGGAUAAGGUCAAAGCACCCUCGAAGCUUUGAAAUAUACCCUCAUGAGGUAGAAUGAAAUAAUAAUUUCGCAUUCAUUUAUCAUUUAUCUGAUCGUAAUUCUGCGUUUGGUUUCA